UCUUUCUUGAACAAGAUGCCGACGGUUUUUCAGACAGAUUCACCUCCAUCAAGUCCAAGAAGCCCACCUCGCAAAAGAACCAAGUUUUCAUUGAAGCUUAAGAACAAGAAGAAGUCGCAGAGCGAGAUCGAAAACAGAGAGAAGUUAUGCCCAAUAUUUAGCCCCUCGACUGCUCAGAAUACAAAUGAUGAUGACGUAUUGGAACCUCUUAUUCCUCCUCCUUUUGCUGGACUGAAGAAUCUUGGAAAUAUUUGCUAUGCAAACGCUGUACUGCAAGUGUUGCGGUUUUGUCCCGGCUUAAUGCAAUCUGUCAUGGAAAUCGACUCACUCGUUAGAAAGCUAUAUCCCUCAAAAUCAGCUGACGAUGAACAGGGCCCAGAUAAAGACAUAGACCCUUGUGGCAUUGCUGGUAAUGAUCACAGAGCAGUUGUUUGCAAACUAAAAGAGCUUUUCAGUGAGAUGAAUGAGCUGGAGCUGGAUUACAGUGAGAACAAAGAGAAUUGUGAUCAUCUUGUGCAAAGAAGAAAUCAUCUGAUUCUUGCUGCAAUACCUUGUGGCUUCAUGGAGAUGUUUAGGAAGCAAAAUCCAAUAUUUGAGGACAAACAGCAGCACGAUGCCCAAGAAUUCUUGUGCAGCUUGCUUGUAAAUCUUCAAGAUACAGAGAAUGAUGUUAAAAAGAAAAUUGAAGAUGCAACAGUUGUAAGAGAUUUAGAUGCCCUAUUUGUCAAUUCAAAGAGUAACAACAAAGUGAGCAAACAUAUAAGUAAAGUGGAAGAAUUGUUUCAGGGACAACUUCUGCAUCAGACUAAAUGCAUGACAUGUGAAGAGGCCAAGAAACGAUUUGAAAGUUUCCAAGAUAUCAGUGUUCCAGUUCAACAGGAGCCAAGAGUGUAUGAUGUAAAAACUGCUAACACAUUUUCACCAACACCAAAGAAAGGACAAGAUGGCAAAAGCCUUCCUUGGGCCCUGUCUCAGUUUGCCAGGAUAGAACAUCUGACAGGAGAAAACAAAUACUUUUGCGGGAAUUGUCUCACCCAUUCUGAAGCUGAGAUAUCCACAUGUUUUGACAAACUUCCAAGAAUACUUACAAUCCACCUCAAGAGGUUUACUGCGAACACUUUAUUGGGCAGAUUUUCAUUAAACAGUGUUUCCAAGAUAACUUCAAAUCUUGAGACACCCAUGGAGCUGUCUUUGAAAGAGUGGUGUUCAAAAUCAUGUCCUCUAUCUAACCCUACCUACCAUCUAUUUGGCAUUGUAAUGCACAGUGGUAUGACAUCUUGCAGUGGACACUAUCAGGCUUAUGUUCAGGUGCCAAAACACUAUCAGCAUGGCAACACACAGGUAUUGCCCUCUCAUAAUGGAAAGAAGGUGGACAGUUAUGAAGCAUUAGCUGCAGAGUUCAAUUCAGACUUUUUCUCAAGUGCUGACAAACCUGAUAAAAUUCAACCCUUGAGUUCAGAAAGCACUGCUGAUAAAGUAAAGACAACAUGUAUUUCUGGAAUAACAAAAUUCUUUCACAAAUCAAAGAGGCAUUCCACAAAUGAGACUAACCCAGAUGAGAGAACUGAUGAAGAAAGCAAACACCAUGGUGAAAAACGAAGAAAUUUUAGCACACCAACAUACAACUGUGCAGGAACUGGAAAGUCAGUGAGUAAGAUCCGCAGUUUUCAGUACCAAGAUGGUGCAAAGUCUCACAGAAGUGCAAUAAAGCAAUUGAAUUUCCAAGAAGAAAAUGACAAACAACAGUAUCAAGAAAAACAGAUGCAGGGUGCUAGACAAAUAUCACAUACUUGUACAAGUGUCACAGAAACUCAGGAAUUACAAUGGAUUCAUUUUGAUGAUGCUGAAGUUAGAACCAUAGAGGAAUCUGAUGUAAAAACAUUGCUGUCGUCAUCUGAAUCAUCCUUCACCUCCCCUUACUUGCUGUUUUACAAGUUAGCUGAGCCAUAUAUGAUUUAAUUUACUGCAUAGAAGAUGGAUUGCUGGAGAAGAUGCUCAUUUUUGUGACUCGAUUUAAUCUUUAUGUCUGCCAUUGUCAAAAGGACAAGGCUUUGUAUUCAAUUCCACGACAGCAUGAUUCACCUUACCACAAAUUUGUCUCUAUGGGCUGGAACCUUUUGUGAAGAAAUUAUUUUACACAAAUUUAAUUUAUCAUCAUAAGUUCUACUCAAUUGUUAAUAUUUUUUUAACUGUAAUACUUGCCUUGUAUGAAUUAGGCAGUAAGUCACAAUUUUUCAUUCAAAUGUGGAAGAAACUGAAACAAUAAAAUUUCGGAUAGAGUCAUACUUUGA